AUGAGCGAGAAGAAGUUGAGCGCGGGCGUGGCUCUCGCGCUGCGCGCCAUCGGCGAGAGCACCUCGCUGACGCAGCUCGACCUGUCGGAGAACAAGCUGGGCCCCGACGCGUGCGCUGACCUCGCCGCCGGUAUCGCGAAAAAUGCGUCGCUGCGAGAGCUCGAGCUGAACUACUGCGCGCUCGGCGCCGGCUGCGCCGCGCUGGGCGACGCGCUCAAAUCGAACUCGACGCUCACGUCGCUACAGAUCAACGACAAUGGGAUCAUGAAGGCCGAGGCCGCCUUGCUGAGGGAUGCCUAUCGCCGCCGCGCGGAGCGGCUGCGCAAAGAGCUGGACGAGCGUGGCGAGAAGGGGAAGAAGACGUGGACUAUUCAGGUCGACCAGACGCACAAGUUUACCGGGCGCGACCUCGACCUCGACGACCUCAACCUCGACCUCGACGACCUCGACGACCUCGACGCGUCGAGGGCCUCGGAUGCGAGCAGUAUCUCCGACGCCGAGGAGGGCGCGAGCGACCUCGACGACCUCGGCCUCGACGACCUCGACCUCGACCGCGAGUAG